AUGCUUCAACAAUUUAUACUACUACUAUUUAUAAAUUUAGUAGUAUCUAAAACUCAUACAUUUGAUUGGAAUGUUGGAUAUGUUGACGCAAAUCCCGAUGGAAUGUACCCAAGAAAAAUGAUUGGAAUAAAUAACCAAUGGCCUAAUCCUACUAUAAAAAUCAAACAAAAUGAUAGAGUUAUAGUAAACGUAUAUAAUGAUUUACCAGACCGUAAUAUUUCAAUACACUUCCAUGGAUUGUUACAAAGAGGAUAUAAUGGAGAAGAUGGUCCAGAAAUGAUAACUCAAUGUCCAGUUGCUCCUGGUUCAACUAUAAUUUAUGAUUUCGAAGUUAGUGAUCAAGCAGGUACUUAUUGGUAUCAUUCACAUAGUGGAUCACAAUAUGGUGAUGGAUUAAGAGGUAUGGUGAUUAUUGAAAGAGAAGAUGAACCUUAUAAAUACGAUGAAAGUAUUGAUUUAAGUGUAAGUGAUCAUUACCAUUUACAAACUACCAAGAUUAUUAAAUCCUUUUUAAGUAGAUAUAAUCCUACUGGAGCAGAACCAAUUCCUCAAAAUAGUUUAUUUAAUGAGACUAAAAAUGUUACAAUUGCUGUUGAACCGAACAAAACAUACUUGUUGAGAAUAGUCAAUAUGGGAUUAUUUGUUUCUCAAUAUUUGUAUGUUGAAGAUCAUUCGUUCAUUGUUGUUGAAGCUGAUGGAGUAACUGUUGAACCAUAUGAGGUAGACUCCAUAUAUAUUACAGUCGGACAAAGAUACGUUGUAUUGCUCAAAACUAAAGAUACAGCUAAAAAAAAUUAUAGAUUUGUUAAUAUUUUAGACAUGGAAAUGUUAGAUUUUGUACCAGAAGAAUUACAACUAGUUUCAACAAAUUACCUUCAAUAUAAUGAAUCAGGUGCAAAGCCAAAACAUUUACCAUAUUAUAAUUUUGACAUAGUUGAAAAAUUAAAAGGAUUUGAUGAUUUUUAUCUCAAGCCAUUAAAUCAUGAAAAAUUAUUACCAGAACCAGAUAUGACAAUUCAAGUUAACUUUACAAUGGAGGUAUUAGGUGAUGGAGUAACUUAUGCUAUGUUUAAUGGUAAAUCUUACGUACCUCCAAAAGUCCCCAUUUUAUAUACUGUUUUAAGUGCUGGAGACAAUGCAAAUAACGCGGUUGUAUAUGGUACAAACACAAACUCUUUUGUUUUACAAGGUAAUGAAACUAUAGAACUUAUAUUAAAUAAUAAUGAUCCAGGUAAACAUGCAUUCCAUUUACAUGGACAUAAUUUUCAAGUUAUAGCAAGAAGCGAGGGAACAGAAGAUGAUGAAGAACCUAUUGUGUUUGAUCCACAUAACCCAAAAAUGAUUGAUUUCCCAGAACAUCCAAUGAUUAGAGAUACUGUUGAAGUCAAACCUAACGGAUAUUUUGUUUUACGUUUCAAAGCUGAUAACCCUGGAGUUUGGUUUUUCCAUUGUCACGUAGAUUGGCAUUUAGAACAAGGAUUAGCUUUAGUUUUAAUUGAAUCUCCAGAAGAUAUUCAAACAUCACACAUUUCAAAAAAUCAUAAAGAAGUAUGUGUAAACAAUAGUGUCCCCACUAGAGGAAAUGCAGCAGGAAAUUUAAACUUUUUAGAUUUGAAAGGUCAAAAUUUACAACAACCUCCAUUACCUGAUGGAUUUACUACUAAAGGUUACAUUGCUAUGACUUUGUGUUCAUUAAUUGCAUUGUAUGGAUUAUGGUCAAUUUAUAGAUAUGGAAUUGAAGAUGUUAAUAAGGAUACGGUUGUUAUUGAUAGGUUAUAUGAAAUUGUUAAUGAGUAA